AUGUGGGAGAACUCACGUCCCCUGACCCCUCCCGCGAAUGACCAGUGUGUGGUGGUGGGUUGGUGGGAAGGAGAUGGCAUGGCAACCAAAGUCGACUUUGAUGGCAGCGUCUUGCGCGUCACAGUGGUGCUGUCACAGUGGCCGAAAUUCGCGCAUAGUCUUGUCGCCACUGCUCUGAAUGGACUUCACCAAUUUCGGUGA